CUCAGGUACUAAGUAAUCCGUUUCCUUCCUCUUUACUCUUACAGAACAUAUUCACUACAUUACAUUCUCCCAAGACUGGACGUAAAGACAACAAGAAACCAAAUCGUCUAUCGAAAAAGCCACCCAACCCGCCGCAAUGUCCCAACAACGAACAUGCUUAACCCAACUCUCCCAACUCCUCCAAAACACCCUAAACAACAUGCCCACACUCUCAUCACCAUCAUCUAAAUCAACACCAUCACCAAGCCCCCACAACACGGGCCUAAUCCUCCCCUUCCCACCACGACAAUAUCGCAUUCCCCCACUCGCCUCUGCAUUCGCCCCCUCAAAUAUCCGUCCACCCCGCCUGACGAACCGCCAAAAGGCCGAAGCGCUGGUAGAAUAUCUGGCGUCUACGGAUCGUCAGCGUAGCUUAGCGGAAACAACAGCAUCUACGGACGGCACGUCGUGGGAACUCCGCGUGGCAGAUGUGGAUGGCUGGGAUGUAGGCUGGGAGAAGAGCACGCAGAUGUUUGUUAAGAGAAAGGGGAGGGGCGCGUUUCGGUUUGAGGGGAGGGUUAUUGAGGGCUGGGGGGUGGUAGAGGAGUGGGAGAGUGAGAGUGGCAGGGAUGAGAAAGAUGGGGGCUUAGAGGAUGGGUUUGAGUACCGGGUGCGGUUGGAUGGCUCUGAAGAUGAAGACGAGAAGGAAUACGGGGUCGCUAUUUCCCGUACUUGACCUGUAGCCUUGCAAAUCGCUAUAUGACUGGACAUUAUAACAGACCCAGGUAACUCUCAUGAGAGCUAGAUUCGGAAAAAGCUUAGUCGCAGUCAGCCUUUGAAGUCCCCACAAUCAAGGAAGUCUCCAUCUUGUAAUUCAAUUUAGCCAUUCAUAGACUUGUCGUUCGUACUAGCUGUUCACGUAAUCUGCCUUCACUCUUGAAAGCUUCCAAUUUUGGCUAGGCAAACAGUGAAGUGGACUCACC